AAAUCGACGAUGAUCUACAGUGCACUAUUACGGAGUGGUGAGUUCAACAACUACGCCCAAACGCAAAGCAGCAUCACCGAGGUUGCAGUAGGCGCACACUUGACAAACCUUCCGGUCAGACAUACAAACCAUUUCCACGUUUGCCUAAAACACGUCCUUGUUCCGCGGAAGAUACGACAACUGGAACGCGAAUAAAUCGAACGGGAUUUUGUUGGUCACGAUGGAAUCGCAAAACACUCUUUGGUAUUGUCACGCAUGUUCCAAUGAGUAUUCUGGAGGAGAAACGUGUCCACGAUGUGGCAGUGACUUUAUUGAAAUGAUCGACAACAAUACGACGCCAGAAAACGAUCCCAGAAACUUUGUUCCCGGCGAAGGAGACGAACAGGCCGGUCCAAAUCCGUUCCAGGCAUUUUUCCAGUUUUUGCGUCCUGGAUCUGUACAAACAUUCACAUUCCCUCCCCCUGGAAACGGUGAGGGACAAGAACGUGAAAAUGGUACUCAGUCGCAAAACGGAGAGACUGCUGCCCCUACUCUUGAUCACAACAAUGGCCCUGAAGGCAGCAACAGUAUUCCCGUUGAGUCGUUCCAACAGCAAGCUCAAGGCUUUCUCCGAGCUCUAUUUGGAGGUGCACUCGGUAGAAGCAACGAAAAUGAAACCGACGGAGCUCCACCGACCCAGCAGGGAACGACAGACAUGCAGACGGAAAAUACAAAUACUGCUCCUACUGCUGCCCAUGGUGACGUCUCACCGCAAUCCUCAACAGCAUUCACUACAGCAGAAUCAUCUCCUGACAGAGCCAUGGACACAGCUGCUGCAAACGCCGCUCCUGGCGACAACAGCGAAGGUCAGACUCACGCCGGUGAACAAAACGGCCCUCGUGAGGAGCAACCGAAUCGUCCGUUUGCGACAGCACAGAGCUUUGUAUUCGCCAUGGGUCCUAACGGAACCAUGCAACAAAUCAGCUCUUCUAACCUUCCUUUUCCACUUGCUCCAGGAACGGAUGGUACUGGUGCUGAAGGACCUAUUCCUAUUGCUGAUCUAGGAACAACGCUUGAGCGUAUUUUUGGAUCCCUGGGAGCACAACCAGCAAAUGGUCAAGGUUUUAAUCCGGCCACCGUAUUCGGUGAGCUGUUUAAUCUCGCUGGAAAUCCUGGCGAUUAUGUUUGGGGAGCUCGUGGUCUUGACGACAUUAUUUCACAACUUAUGGAGCAGACUUCAGCUCAACAUGCUCCUCCUCCUGCACCCGAAUCUGUCAUCGAACAACUCCCUGUCGAGAAGGUCCCUCAGAACCUUGUCGACGAGGAAUAUGAGUGUACGGUGUGCUUGGAAAACUUUAAAACUGGGGACGACGUUGUUCGGCUGCCAUGCAAACACUACUUCCACGAGCAGUGCAUUAAGCCCUGGCUUCGUGUGAAUGGUACAUGUGCUGUCUGCCGUGCUCCUGUGGAUCCCAACGCAGCGGCAUCAACAUCGGAUCGCCAACGUGGACCCGCAAACGACAGCAGUAGCAGCACAAACAACGAACCCAACCUUUCUUCUACCUCUUCUUCGUCAACAGCUGCCACAGCUACUCGGUCAACAGCUUCUGCCACGGCAACAGCGCCUGCUUCUAAUGAUGAUCAUGAUCACGACGACUUCGACCACGACGCAAACUUGGCUACCUCGACAGAGCUGCCCUUGCAGGAACCUCCCGAGUAAGUUGGUAUACCAACGAAUGAACUCGGCAACGGACCCUGUGUUACCCUUUUACACCCUUUCACUCUACACAUACGCUCGCUCACCCUCUCAUCCAAGCUUUAGCUUUUAACAAUAAAUUCCAUUUUUUUCCUUUUGUAACACAAGUACGUAGUAAAGGUCACUUUUGUGCAGCA